AAGAAACAAAGAUCUGUGUUUCUUGGCGAUGGAACAUUUCUCCUCUCCACAUUCUCUGCUUCUUUUGGUGAUAUCAACAUGACGUCUAAUAAGGGUCUUGACGUUGAUGCUAUUCAGGCUGCUCCGCCCGUGGUGCAGAACCAUGAUACGGAUGAUGAGAAGCCUGUCCUCAACACCGGAGGUCAUGGACCUACGCAGCGAAGGCUGAAGGAUUAUCACAUCACCUGGAUUGGUCUUUGCAGUGGUAUUGGUACGGGGUUGUUUAUUGGAACUGGUUCGGCUUAUGCCAGUGCUGGUCCUGCUGGUCUGCUUCUGGCGUAUAUCGUCGUUGGAGCUGUUCUUUGGUGUGUUAUGCAGAGUAUCUCUGAGCUCGCGACACUGUUCCCUACUGCUGGUUCGUUCCCUCAUUGGGCCACUCGCUUCAUUGAUCCUUCAGUCGGUUUCUCACUCGCCAUCUCAUACGGUUACUGCUACACCAUCGCCAUCGCAUCCGAAUGCUCAGCCGCCGCCGUUCUCGUCAGCUACUGGACCGAUCUCACUCCCGCAGUAGUCAUCACCAUCAGUCUUGUUCUCAUCCUAUGGAUCAACCUGAUGAGCGUCCGAUUCUUCGGUGAGACUGAAGUCGUCACUGGUGGUAUCAAGGUUCUCUGCUUCCUCGGUCUCGUCAUUGUCGCGAUUGUCAUUACUGCUGGCGGUGGUCCUAAUCACAAGUCCAUUGGUUUCAAGUACUGGAAUAACCCCGGUGCUUGGGUCGAUUACAAUGGCAUCACUGGCUCAACCGGACACUUCCUCGGCUUCCUCUCCGCCUUCGUCAACGCCUCCUUCUCUUUCGUCGGUGUUGAGACCGUCGUCAUCACCGCCGCCGAGUCUGUCAACCCUCACAAGGCUAUCCCCAAGGCUGCCAACCGUGUCACCUACCGUAUCGGCUUCUUUUACGUCCUCGGUGCCCUCUUGAUAGGCUUGAUUGUCGAUCCGAGGAAUGCUGACCUUGUUUCUGGCUCUGGUAACGCUAAGAGUUCGCCAUGGGUUAUCGCUAUCCAGACCGCUGGUAUCAAGGUUCUCCCUUCGAUCGUCAACGCCUGCAUUCUGGUUUCUGCCUGGUCUGCUGGUAACUCUUACUGCUGGGUUGGUUCUCGUAUGAUCCUCGCCAUGACUACCGAUCGACAGCUCCCUCAAUUCUUCGCCCGCACCACCUCAAAGGGUGUUCCUUACGUAGCAGUUAUCACUGCCUGGUUGUUUGGACCCUUGGCGUAUCUGAGUCUUGGUUCUGGUGGCGCUGCUCAGGCUUUCUCUUGGCUUCUCAACCUCAGCACAGUCGCAGGCCUCAUCGCAUGGGGAACUCUCUGCUUCUGUUACAUCCGCUUCUAUCGCGCCAUGAAGGUUCAAGGCAUCGACCGCAACACCCUCCCCUGGAAGGCGCCUUGGCAGCCCUACACCGCAUGGUUUGGCGGUAUUGGCUCCAUCGUCAUCACCCUCGUCGCUGGAUUCCCUGUCUUCCUCAAGGGUAAUUGGAACACUGCCGAUUUCGUCGCCUCAUAUGUCGGCAUUCCAAUCUUCAUCGUCCCCAUCAUCGCAUGGAAGCUUUAUCACCGCACCAAGGUUCUACGAGCCCACGAAAUCGACUUGUGGUCUGGUCGUUUAUCUGACGAUGCCAUCUCAGCCCAUGACACUGAGCGGGAGCAUGUUUAAGCACUACCUUGGCAUAUUAUGGAUCUCGAAACAUUCUUGCAUGCAACUCGCAUGAAGGCCUUACUGCAUCAUACUCAUACACUAGACUUAUAAUUAAUCACUCAACGCAUGGAAGCGUACAUAGACAAGCGAUAUCAGCGCAAAUAGAACUGAAUUUUCUGGCUUGACAAUUAUCUACGGUUUUGUGGCAUCACGCAGAGCGAUGAGUGCCUUGAUCUCAUAUGUUGAUAUGGCGCUUUUAUUUAUGCGCGCCGGUGAACGAAAAAUCUAGCUUCAGUCUACUGCCAAACUAUUGCUUGAUCAAAAUCGACUUGCUCUGGCGUAGUUGCAGUAGGACAUAAUAUUAUGAUUCCAUUCUCUUUAUCCUCUUGCCCUGGAAUUGGAUGAUCAAUGUUGAGAUCAGCCAUCAUCACUCCGACCUGAGUAACUUGUUAGAAAUGCAAAGCCAGCACAGUCGACGUCAAACUUACCUUCCCAACAGUCCCUUGAUCGACACCAGAAGCUCUCAACGUCUGCGCUAGUCGAACAGCCAACGAUGCUGUAAACAUGUUGUUCUUCCCUACUUCUACCAUAACAGUCAUGAGAGCUGUAAAGUUGGCC